UCUCGUCUCUUCUUGAUCAUAUACCACUGUCGGACACCUAAAAAAACUGAACAAUAAUGAAAAUAAAAGAAUGUGUACUGUUGGCACUGUGUGCGAUUGUCAACUGCGUGAAUGGCCUCCCGGCGAACACAUAUAGAACAGAAAAAGGUUUGAUAUGCUACCUAUGCCCACCAGGAAAGUUCUUUGUAAGAGACUGUUCGCUGGACUAUGAAAUAGCGAUUUGCAGCCUGUGUCCGAAUGGAUAUUACAUAGCAAUAUCUAGUGUGGCCGAAAGGUGCCAGCCUUGUUCUUCCGUAUGUCCGAAUACGAAUUAUGAAUCACCUGAUGAUCAACCGGAAAUUAUCACUGUCAACUGCACGAGUGCGACAGACAUACAAUGUGAGUGCAAGCCGGGAUUUUGGCGAGAGAGUGGGUUACAUGGCAUGUGUCGAAGGGCAAAGUUGUGUGAAGAAGGGCGCGGGGUAAAAGCAUUAGCCACGGGGAACUCUGACACCGUCUGCGAACAUUGUGAGCCCGGUCAGACGUUUUCAAAUAUGUCGUCUGCAAACGAAAAAUGCCGGCCUUGUACAAAAUGUGACGCUCUGAUGUACGUCGGACGUGUAUGUCUACCUAACAGAGACACAGAGUGUAUUCUUCUUUCGACGAUUAUUACAACAAAAACUACAACUUCACUAAAAACACAUGGAGCCCAAAAGACGUUACAUCUCGGCAUAGGAUUAGGUUUUGGCACAUUUGUCUUUGCUGGAAUAGUAAUUGUCGGAGUGUGGUGUCGUGUAAGGAGGAAACGUAAGCAUGCUUAUAGGAGCUCGUCAAAGGAUCAGCUUAGCUCAUCAAAACGCACACAUAGCAGCGAAUCAGAUUUGGAUUCAACGUCCAAAGAUGAUGGAUUCAAUGAAAACUUAUCUAAAUCGUCUGCUUUGAGAGAGAGUGACCAUUGUAUCUCAGGACCAUCCGGUGACCGUGGCAUUUUGAAGAAGGAGAAAGACAAUACAUUAUCUCAGUGUAUGAUGGAUAUCUACCGUGAUAAGAUGUUAUCAGUAGGAGCCAUUGUCAGAUCUAACGAGGUGGUUGGUACCGGAUUUAGAGUGGAAAAACAAUGCAUAGUAACCGCUCUGCAUGUUGUUAUGGAAAUUAUAGACCCAAGGAAAUGUGGAGAACACAACUUUUCCAAAUUAAAAGAAGCGUCUAUUGUGUUUAGUGAUAAUCCGUUCGAUCCAUCGGCCAGGCACUACAACUUCAGCGCAGAGAGUUUUUAUUUCUAUGAAGAUCUGGAUGUUGCUAUUCUAGAAAUACCUCACCCCGAUGGAAUGUUGCCCAAAAAGCUCACACUUAGAAAAGAGCCAGUCGAUCUUGUCGACACUGUUUCAUUGAUUGGGUAUGGUCACCCAGGAAAUUCAAAUAAGCAUUUUGAGAACAGUUGCCAAAUUUUAUACAGCAAUUCACACGAAAUUAAUUAUGUACACACUGUUUUCCGCAAAAACAUUGACAAAUUCCGGACAGGCUUGCUGCCGGGAUAUGAUAGCUCGAUGGUGGAAAGAGGUUAUCAGGGCCACGAUUCUCCACAUUUAAUACUGAUGCAUUGCUUUAUGGAACACGGCGCAUCAGGUUCACCUAUUCUGGCCUGCGUCAAUCCAUCAGAAGGAAUCGUAGAAGUUGUUGGGGUGCUUACUCGUGGCUUUCCUGAAUUUAAUUUUUGUUUGGACAAAAGGCAUAAAUACUAUCUACCUGAUAAUUGUAGAUUUGAAGCUGGCCCCCGCAUGACAUCUAUAUAUGAACGUAUGACUAGCCAAUCGAACGAAAUUAUGGCGGAUUUGUUUGGUUAAAGUAAAUUAUAUGAAUUUCAUUAAUAUUAAUAAUGAACUACAUACAAUUCACAAUGCUGAUAUAAAUUGUCGUUUGCAUAAGUGAAUUAUUUUGAUUUAGAAGGUAAAACUUGCUUUUGUAUAGCUAUGAUAUCAGUAAACUUUGAAAAAAUGUC